AUGGUUGGAGACAUGGCUAAAAUGAUUGCUAAGAAGAAAAAGAGAGUGCUAGUUGAAAAUGAAGAUGAAGUUGUACCAGAAUCACCUGUUCUUGUUAAUGAUACAAUUUUUUUGUCACCAAAGAGGUAUUCUCUAAUCAAUUCAAAUGUCGAGGUGACUGGAGAUCUUGAUGGCUCUGUUAAAACAUUUCAUGUGGACACAACCAUUAACCAAGUUAUUGAGGAGGUUCAAACUCCAGGCAUCCCUGUGAACAUAUCUAAUAUGGACACAAAUGUCAUCAUGGGUGAAGGAGUGAUGAACAACGAAUCUCAAGGGAAUCCUACGAUUGUUAUUUCUUCUACUUUCGACAUACCUACCAUUUCAACCAAUCUCUCUGCGGAUACAGGGGGUCAUCAUUCGAUAUCGGGAAUAGAGGUUGACGUAAUGCUCAAGGUUCAAGAGCUUCGUCUGAGGGAUGAGUUGGAAAUUAUAGACAGAAACAACGACAAACGUGUCAAGGAUCAAUCAUCAUCUUUUGACCAGGAACUGAGAGUUGUGGAGAAAGAAAAACAUCUUCUAUAUGUUCAAAGUAUUAAGAAAGUUCAAGAAGAUGUUAAUCUCAAACUGUAG